AUGGCUAACGUACUUACUGCCCCCGAUGCCUGGACCUCUGUCAUUAACGGAAGAUAUGGAUCUAUGAUCGAAAAUAAGUGCUUUGGUAACCCUCACCCAGAUCCCAAAAAUCCCACUGCGCCAUGGGAUUACUAUGUCAAGAAAAGGGAGGAGGACCAGGAGGAUAUUUUAGGGUUGAGAAUGCAAGUUUGUUCUGAAGAAUCUGAUGUAUCCAGCAAACGUGGAAAAAAUGCGGCAGAUGUGUCCACUAAAUCAUUGGAUAAGGACAGACAUAAGUCCAAAAAAGCCAGGGGACAUAGUAACCCAGUAACAAUUGAAAAGAAGAUCGAAACGACAAAAAGGUCCUUACGCCGCGGGAGCAGUGCAUACACAUUGCACAUUGGAUCCCAUGUGGCCUCGAUAUGUUCUGCGAUCUCAAGCAGGCGAUCCAGGAAGAUUCUGGACACCUGUGAUACUCUCACUUGUGCACAGUACAUGCGCACAUUCAAAUACAUCAAUGAACAUGCGCCUUACCUUGGGACUCUAAUCAGUAGGAGGAAAAAAUGCGAUGAGCUCGCACAACUCAUUGGCAAGAUGCAAAAUAUGAUUAAUCAUAUGCGCUCUGAGGACACAAGUCGCCUCAAGUCUUGCAUGGGCUCAUACGCCGCUCCAAACCCGGACAAAGAGCUUAUCCAUCCGCCCAUCACUGACGACAGCAAGAGCUGCGCUCAAAUGGGGUUUAAUCACGCCCAGCUGGGCAAAUUGAUGAAGAACAAGUUUGAUAGCGCGUCAUUAAAGGUGACCACUGCCUUAUGGCCCGCCUUUCUCUAUCCAGGCAACACUGCAGGCGAAGAUUUUGACCCGGAAGACAUUAUUGAAGGGCUUUUUCGUGGAUAUCUUUUGGAGCGGGUUACUAAACUCAUCUUCACCUCUCCGUCAUCUGCACUCAAGGCCAGCGUCUCGAGCGGAACUUGUGCUUGCAAUGCAAAGCUCCAUGGGAUGAAAGAAGUCAGGGCAGAGCAUAUUGCAUAUGUGGCGGUCCAGGCUCGCUUUGCUAUUAGCUCGCUUGAGAAAUGGAAAGACCAUGACGGUCUUUUCUAUUACACUGACUUCUAUACUAGGAUUGUAAAUCUUAUUUGGGGGAGGAAGGACAAGGGGUGGGUCAACUCCCUGCUAGGACAUUAUAACGAGAAACUGUUUGGCAAUGAAAACGGUGCCAAGCCUUGUCAUUCUCUGAACAUAGAGUGUUCCAAGGACAACGAUAUAAUUGCCAUGGAACGGCAACUCGCCGCACAUGCUUCCAGAUCCUUGGACACACCAUCUGCACCGUCUUCGGCACUUGAUAAUCAACAAGAGUCACGUGGCAAGUCCAUCCCUCCCCCUGAUAAAUCACCCACUCCAGAUCCUCCGAUAGCCACCUCGUCUCCUCAAGAGUUGGCGCGCUUCCCUACCCCUGAUCCUCCUGUUGACUUGCACAAGGCGCAAGAAGUCUUACCUGCACGCUCUUCUACUCCCAAUCCUCCUGAUAACUCACACAAGCGCAAGCAAGCCUCCACAUCAGCCAUUUUCGAUGACAAGAGCCCUCUGACUGAAGAAGAUGAAGAGAUCACUCAACCUACUGAGUGCAAAUGA